AUGGAAACAUACGCCAACAAAAUCAAAGAACUUAGUAAAGACUGCGGUUAUGAAGGCCACUUCUUAGAACGUCAACUGCGUGACCGUUUUGCAUCAGGUCUUAACCGUGAAACACUACAGAUAGAUUUGAAACAAAAAUGGCUGGACUUACAAGAGCAUAACAAUGUUGGAAGAAUGGUAGAAAUAACAUUUGAACAGAUUUUUAACAUUGCACAAUUGAGAGAAUUAGCAGAAAACGACACUCCUUGUAACUCUGAUAACUUACACCGCAUUCAGCAAGGAAACGUAAACAAACGAUUUUUAAAAAGUUACAAACAACGAGUGUUGAAAAAAAAUCAUUGUAAAAGAUGUGGUAAAACAGACAAACACACAUUAAACGAUUGUGCCGCAAUCUCUUACAUUUGCAAGGCAUGCAACAUAAAAGGUCAUUUUGAGAGCUGUUGUUUAAAAUCUGGGAGAGCAAAGAUAGAAGGCAAUAUUUCAAAUAAAAGAGAAGUAAGCAACGUGAUAUCAGGGGAACAUAAUUUUUAUGAUAAUAACGAUACGGAUAGUAACAGUAAUGAUGAUUCAAGAAUACACAAAAUUAACGUACAUAACAUGAGAUGUAAGAAAAUUGACAUUCAUAUAAAUGGCAAAGCAUUAACAAUGGAUUGGGACCCAGGAUCAAUUUAUUCAAUCAUAAGCACAGCAUUUUGGAGAAAGAUUGGAUCUCCAGAGUUAGUGAAGGGACCUAAAUUGCGUGCCUAUGGUGACCACAGAUUAAAACCUAAAGGUCUCACCGAUGUUACAGUAGAAGUUGAUGGCAAACAAAAGAUACUCCCUGUGGUCGUUAUUAAUUGUGCUAACCACAUGCUGUUUGGAUUACAAUGGAGUGAAAUGUUUAAUAUGAAUUUCCCUAGUUCUGUUUACUCAAUCAAGACUGAAACAUUACCUUAACACUAGAAAGACGGGAAAAUUCAUCUACCUACAAAGACGGCGACCGGUCAAAUGACUGCCUCAAUUUAUUUAAUUUUUUUUUUAUUUAUUUGCUAA